CAAAAAACAGUUAGUCAGCGAUUGCUUGGACGAGUUCCAGAGUUACUAAGGAAAUUGCAAAACAGUGAUCCCCACAGCACGGCUUUAACUUUUCGACAGCUUCCAGGAACAGAAGCAGCAAUGACACCUUGGGAUGAUUACAAUCAACUAUUCAAACUUCACUGCAUCAGAAAAUUUCUACCACUGAUGUAAUGUUACUAUGGCCACUACACUGUUGACAAUCCUUUUAAUUGCAUGUGGUCAUGUCAUCUGUGAAAUCAGUGGAGAACAUUGUGACGACUAUGGGGUGGACUUCCAUCGCUUCUAUGUUGUUCAAGGAGAAGCUGCAGUGUUAAAAUGCACACUGCUAGAUCCCACAUUAAUGGAACCUGUAGGUAAUGAUACCUAUAAUAUCACUUGGUAUAAAAAGGAAACAGGGAAAGAAUUAUUUGGAGAUGGGGACACAAUACGUGCAGUUGAUGAGCUCCUUUGGUUUCUCCCGAUCUCCCUGAACGACACAGGGCACUAUGUGUGCGUUCUCAGAACUACUACUCUUUGCAUUAAGCAAGCUAUAUAUCUUGAAGUAAAAGAGAGAAAGAAGGACAGUUGCAUUCACACGUAUACAUAUUUGCAAAACCUACCAGCUUCAUCCAAUGAUAAUGUGGUUUGUCCAGAUGUGAAUGUCUUCAUGGAUAAAUCAGAGAGUCAUGAGUUUCUUUGGUACAAGGAUUGUGAGCUGAUAGAAAAUGGAAACAGAUAUGUAUACAACGACAACAAGCUAUUAAUCCGCACCGUGGGAUCUGAAGAUAAAGGAGAUUAUACCUGCAUGGUGACAUUUACUUUAAACAACACACAGUAUAAAGCAUCCAGAACUGUACUCAUUGAUGUAAAAGUAAAUGAUUGUCAUGUACCCCCUGCUGUUACUAAUCCUGUCAAUGAUACCAUUGAAGCUUGGCCUGGAUCCCCUUUCAACAUAGUCUGUGAAGUGUUCACAGGAUUUUAUGGAAAAAAUGAUCUUACUGAUGCAUGGUGGAGUGUAAAUGAUACAUUUAUCGUAAAUAGUAGUCGAAUUACAGUAGGAAACCAACAGGAAAUUCAGACAGAACGUGGCCAGGUGGUUGAAGUUCAGCUAUUUUUUACUGAAUUAAAGGAGGAGGAUUUUGGCACUAACUUCAGCUGCUUUGCUGUAAAUGGAAGAGGUGGUGCUGUUGCAUACUUCCUGCUGAAGCCUGCAGGUCCCAAUUUUGUGGUUUAUGUUGGAGUGACUUUUGCCAUACUCGCAAUACUCACCAUCAUAAGUCUGGCCACUUACAAGAUUUUCAAGAUUGAUAUUGUCCUCUGGUAUAGAAAAUCAAGUCAUCUUAUUACAAAAAAUCAAGAUUCAGAUGGAAAGGUUUACGACGCAUACAUUAUCUACCCAAGAAACCACGAGUCCAGUUCCUCAAAAGAUCCUGCCAUGUUUGCACUGCAGAUACUGCCAGAAGUCUUGGAGAAAAAGUGUGGAUACAAACUCUUCAUAUUGGGAAGGAAUGAGCUCCCUGGUGAAGCUUUUGCAGACAUUGUAAAUGAAAACAUGCAGAACAGCAGAAGACUGAUUAUAGUUUACACAUCCACAACGUUUGGACUGGAGGACUCGGACAUUCAGCUAGAACGACAGGCAGGAUUACAUGACGCCUUCAUUCACAACCAAAUCAAAGUCAUUUUAAUUGAGUUGGAGAAAGUCAAAGACUAUUCUGACUUUCCUGAAUCAAUUCGGUAUUUAAAAAACAAACAAGGAGCAAUAAGAUGGAAAGGAGAUUUCACAAAAAAAACUAUGUCUCCGUCCUCACGGUUUUGGAAGCAUGUUCGAUAUUACAUGCCAUUAAAGCGCCAGGCCUAUCAUGAAAAGAAUGUGCUGUUAGGCUUAUAACCUCCCAGACCUUGGAAACCUCUUUCAGGGCUCAUUCUCUGGUUAUGAGUGCAUUUUAAUGCCAUGCUUUUUUAUACUGUGAAUGUGAUUCAGAGCAAACAAACCUUUCUGCUCAUUCACACCUAUGAUAGACCUGGCUUUAGACCGGGAGGCAUCUAAUUCAUAUGUCGAGGCCAGUGAAAGACAACACACUACAUGCCGUACCUCUGACAAAAAUAAUGUAUGCUACAGUUUCAUGAAGCGUUCAUGUUGUCUUUCAUUGCAACCAGUACACACCUUGUAAUGAGGUUUUUAAAAAAGUUUAUUGUGUUAUUCCAUAGUAAAGGCAGCAUAAGGUUAAGAUAGUGAAGGAAUGAUGAAAUUGUCACACUAAAUUAAGGGGCUCGUUUACUUUUGUUAAGCUUUAUUCACAAAACUUUAAGAACUGCUUUAAAAGAAAUUUUUGGUUAAAACCUAUUCUUAAUAAUUAAAUCAAGUUUGCAUUCCUUCAAUUAUUGUGAAAAGGACCUGUUAGUUGUUAACUAGCUUGUUAACAGAUCAACAAAUAUGCAAUUUUUAUGAUUGCCGCUAUUGUAAAUUAUAUGGUUACAUUAUUAAGUAUUUACCUUUUUAUUGCAGCCAGGAUAAGCAAAAUUAUAUCCUGAAAAGUAAUGUUUUUUUUGUUUUUUUUUCAGUGUCGAAAUGCACGAGUACUUUUGCUUAAGUGUCACAAAAUGUUCAUUUACAAUAUGAAAUCUAGCACUAGAGAACUCUGUCUUGUUCACAUCCCUUAAAUGCCAUCUUUCCUGUCAUUAGUCAACCGUCUGCCUACUGACUGACAAUAUUGCUUUUCAGCUAGUAACCCCAAAGACACUACUGUGGUGGAAUGACUUAAGAAGUGAAACAUUAAAAGGCUACCUGUAAGUAAGGCAAGCAGACUUGAAACUCUCCUUAUCCUGUUGUAGUAGCUGAAAUCAUGGUUUUAAAAUUAAAAUACUUAUGUUGGUAUAAUUCAAGUAGCUUUAAAAACUUUGAGACCUACUGUAUAAAGCAAAUAGAAAUGCACAACGGGGAAUAUGUAUUAUGUAUUAUUUUUUAUUAUUUUGUGAAUUACAACCCAUUUAACAAAAAUGAACAUCAUUGGUAAGCUAGUUGUUUACAGCUAAUAAACAGAAAAAUGUCCCCAAAUUAAAGCAUAAUCGGUAAAACAUAGAUAAACUUGACUAAAACAAGAGAAAUCUAUAGUAAGCGAAAAGCAUGGGGAAUAGUGCAGUGCACAUUUACCACGAUUUAUAAGGAUGGAAUGUUUUUAGAAUAGUUUGCAAUAGAAAUUUAUGCUUCAGCUACAUAGAUCAGUACAAUAACUUGUGAAAACAAUAAUUUUAUACCAGUAUUAUAAAUGUUUUAAUUGUUUAAGAGAUUCCACAUGACAUUUUACAUUUUACAACAGUCGUCUAACCCAAUUUUAAAAUCAGCUCUGUUAUUCAGUUUGGACAAUUUAUGAGAUUUAGAAACAACUUAAUAGACAUGUACUGUAUAUAGUACUUUAUUUGGACUUACUGACGAUGCCAAAAAUAAGAUAGAGGUGAGGAGGAGGAUUUACUGUAAACUCAAAAAGUCACCCUCUUGUUUUUAAAUGACUACUAUGCUCUGAAUGGCUUCACUUUGUUUCUGGAUUAAUGGAAUGCAGUUUGGUCACUAUCACCAAUGAAGGAGACUAUUGUAGCUUUGCUUCCUGGAACAACUAAUUGUUAUUGUAAGGCUUUUAGAACAUGUCUAAUAGCAAAAUACAGAAUACCUAUUAAUUUGGGUUACUGUAGCUUACUGAAAAAUUGAUCAAGAAAUACACUGUUGUUAAAACCGAACACUUACACAGAAUGUAAUGUAAAGACUAACGUCUGUACCGCUGGUGCACUAUUAAAACCUCUGUUUGUAACCUACAGUACUGUAUGUUGCUACCUAUUACAAAACAACAUUGAAGCUUGCCUUAUACAGACUUGGUAACAUGUCUUUUGCAAAGUAUAGGUCAAAUGAAGACUAUAAAUACUACAGUGUGUACCGUGGGAUCCAGGUAUAUUUGCAACUUUCACACACACAUACCUUCUAUUUUAAGUGUUAAUUGAAUAAAAUACCUGCAUAGUGAUUUUGGCAAAUUGUGUGUGUCAUUGAAAUAAAUAAAAAAAAUA